CCGUGACAUACCUUGGUAUACAUAAUACUUAUACUUAACUAUCUUCAUUCUUCUCAUUCUCAUACUCAUACUCAUCCCGAUGAGUUGUCCAACUAUUCAUCACCUUCACAUAUGACACAUUAACCUAUCUUCACAAUGGCCAUCCCGGUGUCGUAUUAAACUGAUAUCUUGCUUGCAAGCGUAUUCAAACUUAUUUACUAAUACCCUCUUACCUAGGAGCUUUCUAGCUCUACUUCUACGAAGAUGCUACUACAAAUACAUCCAUUUUAUACACAGCGAAUAGCGCAGAACCAUACAAUAGAGCCAUUACCAAAUGACAUAACACCCUAGUCAAUUUAUAAGCCAGAAGAAUUGUAUUGCUUAACCACUAGUUAGGUACUGAGCAAAUUAUGGCUUCAAUAUUCACCUUUGAUCACGACCCUCCACGGGUAAAUUCCCCCUGGCAAUCCGCUCAGGAUGCCAUCAAGAGGCCCCAGGCUGAGCGUUCUGUCACCACCGGGGCUAUUGUUGAAUCAGAACAGUUCUCAGACUCCGACUUGGAAAGACUCGAAGCAGAGCCGCAAGAUGGCCCUAUCGAAUAUAAAUUACACCUCUUACUACGACCGCGGAGGGCUUAUAGUAAGAUGAGCACCACACUAAAAGUCUCAGGGUCUCAGGCGUCCAGACCAAUGCGAGAAGUAAAAUAUCCAAGGCAGUCUAGUGUACCGCUGGCCUCUUCGACCCAAACCAGACAGAACCGUCUCCAUCAUCUAACCACCCAGCUCCUUUGGAGGCUACAGCAGUCGUCGCCGUAUCAUUCUACCGCCAGAGGUGAUUUGGUCAUACCAAAAUUGCCCGAAGAUAUCGCUGAUCUCACAGCUCUUGAGAAGCCUGGAAAGUUGCUCCUAGGUCUUGAGGAGUCCAACGGGGCUCUCUACGAACUGGGUGUGGCUGACGAUGGAACAUUUGUGGGUUUAACCAAGGAUGAGAUGGACGAGAGUAUGACGACCCUAAAAGUAAUGGCUGCUAGUCUAGGCUGCAGAGUCGAAGUGCAACGGAUGAAAGCAGUUGGUGCCUGUGAGUGGACAGAUGACACUUCGGAAUCCAACGACCAAGUGCGAGUCGCCGAUCUUUGGGUCGCAGAGGCUCUCGUUAUCCCAGUCCUAAAUAUGCAGAGCAGUGAGCAUGAUCAACAGCCAAAUCAGAUGUAUUCUGCUCUGACAAGAGGUGCUUCACUUACCGAGCAGCUUCGUGUAUCGCUCAUUGGGCCAACAACAUCGGGUAAAACCACACUAUUAGGGACACUUUCCAACGGCACCCUAGAUAAUGGACGUGGAAGCAGUAGAAUCAACUUGUUAAGACAUCGCCACGAAGUUGCAUCCGGGCGGACUAGCUCCAUUGCCCAGGAACUGAUCGGCUACGGAGGACAGGAUAUAUUCAACUACAACGUUAAUAAUAUUAACGAAUGGCCCGAUAUCCAUGAUCGUGCAGAGAAUGGCCGGCUGGUAUUUCUAUUAGAUUCCGCCGGACAUCCGCGAUAUCAGCGCACGAUUUUUCGAGCCUUGGUCGGAUGGGCUCCUCACUGGACAUUGCUGUGUAUUCCUGCAAACGAAGAAGCUCUCCCCGCCUCCGGUGUCCAUUCGCUCUCUGGCGCAGAUGGGGUUGGGAUAACGUCAAUGGAGCUAGCUAUGGCACAUCUGGACUUAUCCUUAAAACUGGCAAUGCCCCUUGCUAUUCUCAUCACCAAGUCCGAGUUAGGACAGCGUACGUUGCUGAAGGAAAAAUUGAACGUAGUCUUCACCAAGGUUAAAGCUACGGGGAGAAUACCGAAGCUGUUGACCUCUCUUGCACGUGACGAGGACAGCCUUGCGGAGGUACCUGAUGUAGACUUGCGAAAAGUAGCGGAGGAAAUAAUCGACCCUAUUACCCGAUCUAGCGACCCGUUGUCUAUUGUUCCCAUUAUCCUUACGAGCGCCGUUAAAGGUAUAGGCAUUGGACUUACUCACGCCUUGCUCAGAAGCUUACCCGUUCCCCCUAUCCCAACAUCAAGGGACUUCGUCCCGCUCGCCUUAAAUCCCGAACAACCAGCUGCUCUCUUUCAUAUUGACGACGUUUUUGAAAUGUCGUUGAGCCGUGCUCAGAGUGCUGCAACUCCUGGGUUUAGCAGAAGCGCACCAGUAGUUACUGGCUAUUUGCGAUUUGGGAAGCUCUCCAUCGGUGAAAAGGUCGUGUUAGGGCCCUUCCCCGGGGACGACGAGGAUGCUGGCGCCCUGAUGCCAAACGAUCAUCCAUCACCUGGAUACGGCUUGUCAAUUCCUCAUCCUUCGUCCGCCGAGUUUGCUCGACUUAGCUCUCGCCAAAUCUUGUCAGCCUCGAAAAUCGAAGGCGAAUGGCGUACAGCAAUGAUUGUGAAUAUUCGUAACUUGAGGCUUCCAGUUCAAACUAUCGAGGCGGGACAGGCUGGCUCCAUCCAAGUUGUUUUUGACGAAGAUAAUAAGGAGGCACCUAAUACUAGCGAUGUGUCCGAAAACCCAAGAAUUUCGAACAAUAGAAUUCGCAAAGGCCAGGUCCUGGCUGUGCCUAGCCAACACAUGGUCCAGACCGGGCUUUCUCUACAGGCUGCUUCUAAUCUAACGGCUUCCUUCCCAACAUCGGACAUCAAGGGCUUGGCUGUGAAUACUCUGAUAAAUGCAUACGUGGGGAUGGUUCGUGCCGCCGUCCGGGUGCUACGGGUUACACUCCAAAAGUCUGACUUGGAUCCACGAAAAGCUACGACAGAAGAAGAUGAUGUUUUCGGCAUGAGUGGUCACUUCGAGCUCGAACGUACUAAGUCAGAAACAGACCUGGACGAAUAUCAUGCAGAAUACCACGUUUUGUUGGAAUUUUUGAAUAGCAGAGAAUGGAUCGAGCUUGGGUCUCAGAUAGUCCUCGUAGAAGGGGGAUCCAAAGACAAAUCAGGGCUUGAGGGUUACGUAGGUAAAGUGAUCGAGAUUGGUGAAUAGCUGGAAAGGUGUAUGACAUGGUAAUUUUCUUUAAAAUGGUACCUAUUUGCGGUGGAUUCUGGAUAUCACAUCAUCAGCGAGCAGCUAAGUUUAGCAACAUCAUUUGAAUUUGAAUAGACUUUGGACA